AUGACAUCGACGAUAUUUGGCUCGUUGGCCGUGUCUUCAGUUGAUCCACUGAAUGUGUUUUCAGAAGCUCAAGCUUUCUUUGAAACGAGGCUUGGUCCUAGAAAGGGCCAUGCGAAGAAUCUAGUUCGAGCAUUCCGCGGCUUCCUAGAAUCUAUAGACCUAGACCCUGAAGAUUACCGGAAUAUCUGGUCUGCUAGAUCAGAGAUUUUUUUAGGUUCUGGGGUAGGCCCCAUUGCCCGCUUUCAUCGAUUAUACGACGGUCUUGUUAGAAUCAAACGCGGUCGCGAAGACUACGACUGUGCGAGCCGUCUCUGGCACAUCUUUUUAGAGCAUGACUUGGAGCAGCUGGUCAGGUCGGGGUCAUUUAAGAUGUCCCGUGGCCGAGGCAAAAAGACGGCUGCUUUAUGUGCGCAAGCCGAAAGCAUAUCUUCAACUGUGGCUUCCGUGAAGGCAGAUCGGAAGACUGGUCGAUGUUACCUCCAGCUUUUAAGACUGUCAAGUCCUGGAUUAUUACUCCUUAUUGGCAGCCACGUAAACACAGUAUGGGAGAGGAAACUUAGCAAAGAAGAUAUCCCACUUCUACUACACUAUCUGAGAGUAAAGCAACCGGAAGUGAUGGAGAAGGCUCGAAUGCUGGACAAAAUAGCUGCACGGCUCAUUGUUGAUGGUUUUAUUGCCUAUGGCUGGACAUAUUCCGAACUCAAUGAUACUCGGGCCAAACUGCUCGACCAGUUGAGAUUAUACAUCAACCUCCCAUGGCUAUCGCAACGUGAGGAGGAGAAAGAAUUUGCAGCAUAUGAUAUUACGUCUCUGGCACCAUCCACAUCGAAUAACGUUAUUCAUGACGAAGUGGCUAACAGUGAGGGAAGAUUUUGGGACGACGACAAUGCCAAUCUCGCAGAUGAAAUGAUACACACUCCGCAGUUACAAAGACAGAGGUCAAGUGAUUUGGACAUCUCGUUAUCCUACACAAUUGAUGGUGCACUAAGCCUCGGGUUACCGCUGGAUUACGACAUGUCUUGCGAUUCGGACGUCUCGUCAUACUACACAAUUGAUGGUGCACUAGGGAACAACUUCAUGCACACUUAUCCACCUGGAAAUGGGGGUGCAGAGUUAAUUAAUUCACAUUCAAAUUCCCAGCAAUUUUUUUAG